AUGGAUUCAUCCAACAUAGAGCAGCGCAAUAACAGCACUUCAGAGGCAUCGGUCUCCACCGCCGAUGAAAAUUCCACCAAUUUGUUUGCAGAUCAACCAGCAGAGUCACUGGAGUCUCAGCAAAAAGCCAAAGCUAGAGCGGAAAAGGCCGAGGCCAUUCGCCGAGCAUGCGACGCGCACGAUAUAGAGACAUUGAUAUCCUCUGCCAUCACCGAAGGCGGGCUCCUUGAUGAUGCGCUACGUCAAAGAGCCUGGCCAAUUCUCCUACACUGUGAUGAAAGCACAAUAUUGGAUGAUUCAAAGCCACUGAAAGAGCAGUCGCGACAUGUCGACGAGGACCAGGUGCAGUUGGACGUUGAUCGAUCCUUUGUAUACUACCCAAAUGUCCCUGCAGAAGAGCUAUCCGAAAAGAAAAAACAAUUAUCAGCUUUGAUCACUCAAAUUCUAAGGAAUCACCCGAUGCUAUGCUAUUUCCAGGGCUACCACGAUAUCGUGCAGGUCCUUCUCUUGGUUUUAGGCAAGCACAGAGCUCUACCAGCUAUGACACAACUGUCUCUCUUCCGCAUCAGGGACUACAUGUUGCCGUCCCUCUCACCGGCCGUCAAGCACCUGCAACUCAUUCCAGCCAUCAUCGAAACCGUCGACCCAGUAUUAAGGCGUCACCUCUCUACAAUACAGCCAUUCUUCGCCCUCGCAGCAACUCUCACACUCUAUGCUCACGACAUCCAGGAGUACAGUGACAUCGCCCGACUCUUUGACUACCUUUUGGCUCGUGAACCAGUAGUCGCGAUCUACCUGUUCGCGGCAAUCAUUCUUUCUAGGAAGGAAGAGCUUCUUGACAUUCCUUUGGACGAACCAGAAAUGCUCCACUUCAAGCUCUCGAAAUUACCAUACCCGCUUGACUUGGAUGGUCACAUCUCGAGCGCAGAGCGGCUCUUCGAGGAUCAUCCUCCAGAAACCCUACCCUUCGGCGCAUGGAAGCAUGUUCCUAGCUGUAGCGUUCUCAAGACGACGCGAGAUCCAUACCACAAGUACACUGUGGAAGAGGCUGAACAAUUAUUCAAGCAGCAGACGCGACAGCUUCAGAAUGAGGAGCGCCGUCAAAAAGCGCUCGAUUUUGCACGAAAACACCGCCGGGCUGUCGGGUCUGUGGCCUUGGCCAUCCUUGUCGGUGCUGCGUCGAUCUACAUUCGCAGGAAGGGCCUCGAUACAUCCAUUUGGUCCUACUUCGGUUGGCUCCGGGGCGUCUUCAAGGGCUAG